AUGGCACGAAUCACCAUAGUUGGAUCAGGCAUCAUCGGCCUAGCUAUAGCAGCUCAACUUUCCCGCAACCACGAGAUCACAAUCAUCGCAAGAAACAUCCCUGGAGAUGAUCCAUCAAUAGAAUGGGCCAGUCCUUGGGCCGGUGCUAAUUUUGUCGCGGGCUUUUGUUCUUCACCUCGUGAUCGAAUGAUGCAACGUGAUACAUUUGCUGAAUUAUGGAGGCUGGCAAUCAGAUACCCGGAGUCUAGUGUGAAGAUGAUUCCGAUGGAGGAGUUCUUCGAAGUUGAACGGACUGAUGAAGAUCUUUGGUAUAAAGACUAUGUACCAAAUUUCCGCUUCCUGCCAAAAGACCAACUCCCAAGCGGAGCCAAAGGCGGAAUAACCUAUACCACUAUUGUCCUUGACCCAAACAUCUUUCUCCCCUGGCAUAAAAAGAAUCUCGAGACCUCAGGUGUGAAGUUCAAACGGAUGAACUUCCGCUCUUUGUCGGAUGCGUAUCAUAUGGGCCAGGACGUCCUCAUCAAUGCCACUGGGUCUGGUCCCAUGUACCUGGAUGACAUUAAAGAUGAGAACAUGGAGCUCCUCAAGGGACAGGUUAUGGUCGUCAAGAGCGAUUACAAAAAGAGUCUUAUCCGCGAUGAUGGCAAGACUUACACCUAUGUUAUACCUCGUCUUGAUGGCAACGUGAUACUCGGAGGUACCAGAGACCCCGACAUUCGUAACACUGAGGUGGACAUCGAGGUCGACAAGGAUAUUGUAAAAAGAGUCCAUAGGUGCCUUCCUGGGGAGUUCUCUGAGGAUCUGUCGGAUUAUGAAAUCGUGGGACACAACGUAGGCAUUCGACCGUAUAGGUCUUCAGGGAUGCGUAUCGAGAAGGAGGUCAAAGAAGGGAAGAAAAUUGUCCAUGCUUAUGGUAUCACUGGGGGAGGUUAUAUCUUUGGUUUUGGCGUGGCGCGGGAGACUGCCAAACUGGUUGAUGAGUUCCUGUUUCCUGGAGGGAAAGCUCACCUAUAA